UGUAUAGUGCCGAAUGUGCAAUUACGUAGGCCACAUUCCGUGUCUUCGAAAGAAUGAUAGCAUUAUGGAUAUUAAUCAUGCAGCUGUUUCUGCAACAAUGGUUACGGGCGGCGGAUAUAAUCAACUGGAGGAAUUACUCUCUGGCGUGAACAUGUCUUGCAUGACAAAAAGGAUGUACGAGAAAUGUCAGGAUGACAUAAUCGACGGCUUCGAAGUGGCCGCACAACAAGAAAUGGAAGAAGCUGGAAAAGAGGAAAGAGAAUUGGCUAUUGCAAGAGGCGAUGUGCUUGCAGGCUACAAUAUACCGUGGAUUCCAGUUGUCGCAGAUGGCAGCUGGAUGAGAAGAUCGUACCGCGGAGGAGACUACAAUUCUCUUUCUGGCGUAGGAGCCAUCGUGGGAUAUCAUACGAGAAAAGUGCUGUAUAUCAACGUUAAAAAUAAAUUUUGUAUGAUUUGCCAAAUAGCAGCAAAAAAGAAAGAAGCAGCGCGCGAACAUCGCUGUUUCAAGAACUGGGGUCGUCAGCAAAGUUCAACCGGUAUGGAAAGUGCUGCUAUCGUCGAAGGAUUUAAAUGCAGCCUAGAAAUGCACGGCCUAGUAUAUUCUAUAUUAGUUGCCGAUGGCGAUAGCAGCGUGUACAAGAAAAUAUUGGACAAUGAUCCAUAUAAAGAUUAUAUGGUGCAUAUACGGAAAAUAGAAUGCACCAAUCACCUGCUACGGAAUUUCAGUAGAAAAAUAAAUGACAUCGUAGCAAAAGGCCGCUACAAAGAGCUAAGAGCUGUCGUAAAGGACAAUGCUCUGCGGCUGCGUACUGGAAUAAAGAAAGCUGCAGAAUACCGGUUCAAAGAAAAAAUCAGACUAGUCGAUCAAAUAAAAAAUUUGAAGGAGGACAUGAAAAAUGUACCGAGUCAUGUUUUCGGUGAACACAAGGAGUGUCAGAAGUUAGCAUAUUUCUGCACCAAAUAUUCUGAUCCGGACAGAGUGAAUUAUGUUCCACGAUUGAAGCAAGGUGGUAUAUAUCAUAGCAUUGAAGAAGCGAUGCAGCCACUCUUCGCUCAAGCUGAAAGUUUGUUGUACGCUUUAAAUAAUAAUGCUGUAGAAAGCUUUAAUAAUAUAAUUGCCAAAUUCAUCGGAGGAAAAAGGAUAAACUUUGGACGAAGAGGCUCAUAUCAGGGUAGAGUCUCUGCUGCUGUCGUCCAAUUUAACAGUAAAGAGACCUUUAGCAAAUUGAGUAUGGCAAUGAAUAAAGAGCCGACAACCAUCGUAAGAAAGAUGGAAGAACGUCGGAAGCGUGCAACAGAAAUGGCAUCUAAAUAUAAAAAAGAAGCGAAAUCAUCCUCCUUCAGAAAUCCGAAACAAUCGUACGACCAGGAUUUACGGCCCCAGUGCAACAAAACCAGAUAUGGAAGAGACUGUAUACUCUUCCGAGUAUGAAAGGCACAUGGCCAUACUCCAUAAGUGGCAGACGAUGCGGCACACGAAAAGCGAAAAGUGGAUAGCUUACAGGAGAAAAUUAUUAACCGCAUCAAAUUUCAGCAAGAUAUGCAGAUUACGAAAAGAUACACCGCGGGCAAAUACUUUGAAGAGUAUAAUGUAUCCGCAAAUACCGAAUUUACGUUCCCUCGAAUACGGAAGGGAGAACGAGGCAAACGCAUUGAAGCAAUUAGAAGACGAAUUAGGAAUUCAUAUUCGACCAUGUGGCCUCUUCAUCGAUGCCGUUGUGCUUUACGUAGGUGUAACUCCUGACGGUAUCGUAGACGAUGAUCGAAGUAAAAUGUCCUGAAUCGGCGAAGGAUUUAUCGCCUGCUGAAGCUAUAGAGCAACUUCCUGCAAUACGGCGUAUUUUCCGGGGUGAUGAAAUGAAUAAAAUUCAUCACUACUAUUAUCAAGUGCAAGGACAGUUGCACUUAACGAAUAGACAAUGCGCUCUAUUCUGUUUAUGGAUGCCGAAAGGAAUGAAAAUUAUAAAAGUACCAAGAAAUGAUACAUUCUGGGCAACAGAGAUGGAGGAAAAACUGAGGAAGUUUUAUGAGGACUGCAUGUUGCCAGAAAUCAUAGAUAGUAGAUUCAAUCGACACCAACCGAUUAGAGAACCUCCGUACAUAAAGACAGGAGGACCAUGUACGAGUACACAGUAAAGUACACCAUGCAAUACCAAUACACCGGCGUGUGUGCAGCGGAUAUGAAGAGCUGUCGAAUACUGUUCCAAAAUGUAAAUACGAAGGUAUAUAAAAGAUAAAUAGGGAGAGUGAAGAGGACCGUCUAUGACGGGGGUGGUGGUAGUGGGUCUCUUUACACUCUCCUAAUAAUUUAUACUUGCAACUACUUUUCCUUACUUUGCACGGGAGGAGUACAAUGUACGAUAGCGUAAGUACGACACUUAUACUUUUGGUAUACAAGUAGUUGGAUUAAUUGGAAAUCAUCAUGAAUUUCAUAUAUGAAUUUGUUUUAAUUAUUUCCAGUGACCAAUAUCAAUGGUGAAAAUGCUGCUCGACGAAAGUAGGAAAGGAAGCAGGUCUUCACCAUGCAAGCAUAAAGAUAAGUAAAUCACAUACAUUUACAUCUUUACUGCAUGCAAAUUGAUUAGAACUCAUUCUAGCUUUUUAUCUUAGCUUCUAUCACAAUUUACUGUAAUCGAAAGGGGUCACCAUUGCAAGAAAUAUUGGUGAGAAAUAGAAAACUAAUAGUGGAUUCAUCGAGCGGUAUCUAACCAGGGUGUACAGCAUGAUAGUUCAAGAGAUCCUGUAUCGUGUCAACCUAAUUUUAUACAUAAUGCUUAUUCAAUAAUUGCUUUCUGCAUAGGACGUUAAGUGUAUAAGUGUAGAGCGUUCAUAUUCUGCUGUAGUACUUUGUUAAUAAAGAAAGGCUUGUACUUCACUGAUCAGUGUUUUAAUCGCUUUUUGAUAUGAAGGGUCAGAAUCUUUUGGUCAUUAUCCUUCCAUACUGAUAAUUCGCUAUUUAUGAACUAACCUAACCCUAACCUAACCGUUUAGUAUUUUUAUAUUGUCCGUUUAGUAAUUUUAUAUAA